CAGAGGAAACAUUGACCUUGUGGCUCCUUUUGUUUUGAUUCUUAAAAAGAGCCCGACACUGUUCUAGGGGAGCACGUGCUCCAAGAACAAAAGCAACACUUAGCUGCAGUCUGUGUAUCUAGAACUGCUACUGCUCUUCCUAACACCGGCAAAGGCUGGGCAGAGCAGAUGCAGUCUACAUUUAAGCCGAGUGGCUUUGUUAGACCAGAGGAGAUCAAAUUCCAGGGCCUAAUGCUGUCUCGCACACGUCUUCGGUCUCCAGCUCGGGAGGCUGAGAAUGGUAUCGGGAACGCACAUAGAGAAGGAAGGGCCACGCCCAUGACCCGUUAGCAUGGAAUGAGUUUAGGGACUAUGAUGAUGUCAUGGCGUAAUACAGGUGACACGCGAGUAUCCGUGACACGGAGACCCCUUAGUCCUGGGGGGUCGCGGCAACGUUCUCUUCCGCGGAGAGCCGCCGCCCGAGGCCGGCUCACGCCAGGAGACCCUCCCAAGCGCCCCCACCCUCCGCAUUGUCCUCCCGCCCGGCCGACCCGGACUACAUUUCCCGAGGUGCGUGGGGGUCCGAGGGCGGGACCCGCUCGGGCGGGGGCGGGGCCGGCACGUGCCGCCGCGCUCGGCCAAUGCGGAGCCCCGCGGGGAGGUCACGUGCCGCUGUUUGGCGCUUUUGUGCGCGCCCAGGUCUGUUGGUGCUCAGAGUGUGGCCAGGCGGCUCGGACCAAGCAGGUGGGUGCGGGGCUUUCGGAGAAGACAACAGCGGCGGCCCGGCGAGAGGGACGCGGCGGGCGGGAGGGGCCGGGCGGGGCUGUGGCAGCAGCCCCCUCUGUGGAGGGCGACAGGCGGGGCCGCGGGGCCCCGAGCGGCUGGCGGGCGGGGGUCGCUCCAUUUGUGUGA